AUGAAAUGUCGCGUAUUUUGUGGGCUGAGAUGCGAAACGCCGGUUGAACUGACGAUGGAUACUUGCUUUCACGUCACGGCAGCUCCGCCUAAAAUCACGCCGUUCCGCUUCGACGACGGCUCGUCGACGGCCGGCGCUAUGGCGCAACUGAGCUGCAUGGUCAGAGACGGCGAUUUGCCGCUGCAAAUCACGUGGAGCUUCCACGGGCAGUCGCUGAAUUCCUCCAUGGGCAUUUCCACGAUGUCGGUUGGCGCGCGAACUAAGAUGCUGACGAUCGACGCCGUGACGGCGGCGCAUUCCGGGGUGUACCGCUGCCUGGCGAAGAACGAGGUCGGCGAGGACGUCGUCUCUGCAGAGCUGGAAGUCAACGGUCUGGCGUCCGACUGCCGCCCCUUUUUUUUUGUUGCACGUUUUCCGACUCCCCCUUUUUUCUUCUGUAUUCGUGUAUGGGCUUCCCGUCAGCUCCCCGAUGAUUGUUCCCUGCCCCACGUGACGUUUGACCCUUCAUGA